AUGGAUUCAAGUGCUAAUGAUCCAGCAGCACAGGGAUAUUCCUACGAGGCUGAUCGUCCUGAAAGCUACGACGAUGGCGAGGAACUAUCAACAGAAGAUAUUCAUCGUCUCCUGGCUGCAUUUAUCAUUUGUGUCAUCGCUACUCUCGCUCAUAAAGGCGACAUCUUUUGGACAUUGAUGUUUUUCUUCUCAAUCCUUCUCUGCGGAAUCUGGUGGGCUUCUGACAAAACUGACAAUCUGUACCAGUCUUUCACGAAGAAACCAACUUUGAGCCAGCGAUAUCAGUUUCACGACGAGUUCUAG